AAGGACGACAGGCAGGUCUGCGGCGGCGCGCGCUGAACUUGACAGCAUCUGGGCACCUUUGGAGACGGAUCCGAGAACGCACCGGCGCGCACGCAUCUCCAUCUGGAUCCAUCUGAAAACUUCAUACCUGACCGGUCCAUUGUCCUUUACAAAUAAAAAAAGGGGGAGAAAAGGGAGCCUGAGCCCUGAUUUUCUUCACAACCAGAACGACGCGUUUUACAUGAUGUCAUACCUGUGGAUUCUGCUGUUAGGAAGCCUUCUGGCCUCACAUGCCAAGGCGCAAGAUGAUGCGGCUGAAGAAGCACUGGAUGUCGUACCAGAAGAAGCAGCGGUCGAAGGAGACCCUGAUGCUGGCGCCGAGGAUGAAAUUGCAGCUACUGAAGCACCACAAGAUGAGGGUGAGCCAGAGCCAGAGCCAGAGCCAGAAGCUGGUCCUGAAGCCAGUGUAGAUGAAGUCGAGCCUUCUGCGCCUUCAGAUCCAGAAGACCCUCCUUCAGCGGAUGAAGAACCAACAGAGGCAGGAGGAGACGGGGAAGGUUCAAAUGAAGCAACAGAAGCCUCCGUAGAAGAAGACCCAGAAGCAGUAACCCCUGCAGCAGAUCCUGAAGCAGAUUUACCCAAAGAUGCAGAAACAACUCCUGCACCAGAGCUCGAACCAAUGCCCUCAGAAGGAGACACAGAAACAGAGCCUCCAACUCCUGACUCACUAAUUUUGACGACUGGGGCAGAGACAAUUCUAACAACACAAGGUGCUGGUUCAGGUGUCGUUGAUGCAGAACUUGUGCAGACAACACAAAAUGCAGAGAAGGAAGUUCUCUUAACCACUGUGGUACCCACUGAUCAAGAAACGAUUGGAGGAGAUGAGAAAACCACACCUGAACCCAAAGAUGAGCAAACAACACUUCCAUUUAUUCUGGAGUCUGAAGUUGAGGUGAAGCUCGGACCAAAAGUUAAUGCAGAUACUGGAUUUGACUUAAAUGAUGCAUUGGAUUACGGGACUGAAAAAAAUAAACCACCAAGGCAAGGAAGGACCAGACUCUUGAAUACAGAAUCUGUUAUUGACAACUCAGAGAGAAACAAUCCUUCAUCCCAAGAAGGAAGCUCUAAACCUUUAGCAGGAGUCCUGUCUGCAAUUGUUGUGUCUGCAGUUGGAGCCGUCAUUGGGUACUUUGCCUAUCAGAAGAAGAAACUGUGCUUCAAAAACAGAGAGGUGGCAGAUCCAGAGGCCGGGCACAAACCAGAUAAAGUAGACGUAGCAGAGGCUCAGUCCGAUCCACAGGUCCUUAGCAACUUACUGAACUCCUCCCAGCAAUGAUCAUCUGACUGAACCAGCUGCAGUCAAGCAAAGUGGCAAUCUCACUGUUAGGCUCAGUCCCGAAGAGCCGAAUUACUGUGAGGCCCGAGAGUUCGGCUGUGUGUUUCUGUCUGUGUGUGUUUUGGUCUACUGUAUAUGAGUGUGGGUCUUUGUAUGGAUGAAUGGUGCGCUCAAUCUUAAAUGUGCACACAACUGGGGUAAAAGAAGCAGUUAGAUAAAGAUGAAAUAUAUUUGAAUUCAAGGAGCUUCUUAUUGUUCCAACAUAGGAAGCUGAUAAAAUGAUCAGUCCAAUUUUAUUUUAA